AUGGUUCUGACGAGGAAUCUCGUCAUCGUCGCCAUCAUCACCCUGACCAGCUCCUCCACACCCCCAUUCCUUCUGGUGGUUUUGAUUGCCACUUCAGAGCCGUUCAUCCUCAUGGCGAUAUACUACGACCAUUACACCACCAACUGCUGCCCCCUGCGCUACGAGUUUUUCUGUGAUGUCCCCUCCUUGCUGAAGAUCUCUUGUUCGGAAUUACAUGCAACCCUCGAUUUGACUCUGAACAAUCACACCUCAGUAACCAGAUUCCUCCUUCUGGGGUUCCUGGAGGUCCGGGAGCUGCAGCUGGUCCACGCCACACUGUUUCUCCUGGCCUACCUGGUGGCCCUGACGGGGAAUCUUCUUAUCAUCGCCAUCACCGCCUUUGACCAGCGCCUCCACAGUCCCAUGUACUUUUUCCUCAGGCACCUGUCCGUCCUCGACCUUUGCCUCAUCUCCGUCACUGUUCCCAAGUCCAUCCUCAACUCCUUGACCAACAGCAGAUCCAUCUCCUUCGUGGGGUGUACUACAUAG